CCUGGGCUGUUGUGGAAAUUGAGAAUAAUUCGUCUUGGACCUGGUUUCUUGAGUUACUAAAGCAAGACCUCAAUAUUGAAGAACCUGAAGACUGGACUAUUAUCAGUGAUCAACAAAAGGGUCUAGCUAAUGUGAUUCAAGAUGUAUUUGGAGGGGUGGAACACAGAAACUGUGCAAGACACAUACACGCAAAUUGGAGCAAAAAACAUAAGGGUUUGGUUUUGAAAAAGCUUUUCUGGAGGGUUGCUAAGUGUACAUCUCAAGAAGAAUUGCAGGUUACUUUAGACGAGUUGGACAAACAGGACACACAGGCUGGACAGGACUUGCGCAAAUACCCUAUGAAGUUGUGGUGCAAAGCUUAUUUCCGUACAUCAGUGAAGUGUGACAGUGUGGACAAUAAUCUAUGUGAGGCAUUCAACAGCACUCUUCUUAGUUGCAGAUCAAAGCCACUUAUUCCAAUGUUAGAAGAGAUGAGGGUAGCAAUGAUGAAAAGGAUUGCAAGAAAAAAGAAAGCAGUAGACAAAUGGGCAGGAAACUUUGGUCCUCUAAUCUUGAAGAAGCUGAAUAAGAACAUUGUAGCCAGUGAAGGGUGGCAUGUUGACUUUAAUGGAGAUGAUGGGUACGAGAUAAAG